AUGGCUCCUCCUAAGGGGGGUUAUGCGCCCAGUCUAGAGAAGUUCCUUGAUACACUGAAAAGUCGCCCCGUUGACGCCUCUGUGGAAUUCCUUAUAUCCCUUCUCAAGCGACGACAGAUUCGAGGCUCCGAGUCAUGCGCUAUCGCUACGGCGCACAUCCUCCUCCAGGUUGUUGCCAAGGACAAAUGGAUCGACGUCGACCAGCUCCUCGGCCGCAUUCAACUAGUCGGCCGCAAACUCGUAACCGCGCAGCCUCACGAGCUGGCUAUUGGCAACAUAGUAAAGAGGGUUCUAGGAUUGAUACGCGACGAAGCAUCCGAAGACAGAAAUGACACUGGAAACGACCCGCUCGCCGACGCAUCCCCGGCGCCGAUACCCGGAGCGGAGACCACGAAUACCACCCUAGGGAAACUACCACGACCCUCUCCGGCCGUCGCCGCCGGGCCCUUUGCUCGUACACAGUCUAUAUUCAACCUGCUGUCCGACCCAGACUCUAUCCCCUCGGCUGGUUCCACGCCCGUCCUAGGGUCGGGAGCCUCUUCGCCCAGGGGCCACGGGCAGUUUACCAAUGUUCACGCACUCAGGUCUGAAGUGAUCGAUGGCAUCGAGGAAAUCAUGGAUGAAAUCAGGCAGGUUGAUGAGCAGGUCCAGGCCUACGCCGACGUCGUCAUAAAUCCGGGAGACUAUAUACUAGUCCAUCAACCAUCGAAGACGGUCCAGAAGUUCCUCACUCGAGCCGCAUCUAAGAGAAGAUUUACCGUGUUUCUCGUCGCCGACCCGUCCGCCUUGUCCUCCACUGAUGACACCUACGCUCCCUUCCGGAAAUCCCUAUCGGCCGGCGGGUCGACCGUAAUCAAUGUCAUGAACGCGGGCCUCAUGGCCUAUAUGUCGAAGGUCAACAAGGUUAUCCUCGGGGCGCGGGCGAUUGGCAGCAAAGGCGGGGUGAUCGUCGAUGCCGGCGCCGCUGCGAUCGCUCGCGCCGCCCGAGAGCAGGGGAGAACGGUGGUUGUCCUAGGCGGCGUAUACAAACUCAGCCCCGACAGCCAGUUUCACCAAGAAGGGCUCGUCGAAUGGGGUGACCCCUCCAAGUAUGUCAACUUCGCCGACGGCGCGAUGGUGGAGCGAGUGAGGGUCAUGAAUGCUGUCGCCGAGUUCGUACCUGCAGAUCUCGUCAACACCUACAUUACCAACCUGGGUGCACAUUCCAAGGAUCACUUGCACACGAUUGUCGCCGAUCACUACAAAGAGGAAGAUGUCAACUUCGAUCUGUUGAGAAAGAUCCCAAGGUGA